AUGCUCUGGGUUUUGAACAGGCUGCUAAUAAUAAUGCUGCUGAUGAUAAGGAUGAUGUCUCAGCUUUCUUCUCUUUUCAUUUUGCUAAGAAAUGAUGAGAUUACAGCAAAGGAUGUCCUCAAUCAUACAGACUGGUCCUUGAUUCACAAUACCAAAUCCUUCAAGGACAUUGCCUUUCUAUGUAUUGUGACUGCUAUCAUUGCAGAGCACUCUUUUUUUCUGUGGAAACAGAAACCUUCAAAGUCCACUGCCCCCUUUGAAUCAGCCAUUCAAAAGUUCAACUUGUCUGCUGACGUGGCAAAAAUCAAUACUGCCAUUGUGGAGGCCUCUCAUAUGAAAACCAAGGACCAAAAGAAACAGGCCCUUGUAAAGAUUGCUAUGGACAAUCGUCUUUCCCACCUUCCCAGAAUUUCAUAUAUGCAGCACAUGUCUCUAGUUACCACCCAUUAUGAUGCACCUUUUGCCUUGUUGUUCCCAAAAACAUAG